UUUCAACCUUGGGUGAUCCCUAUCAAAAACCAUAGCCGUCGCUCCUCAGCUACUUCUGGCUCUACGCCCACCGUCCGCCCUCUCUCCGAAUCCAAUCAAUCACCCGAUACUCCGCUCAGGACUCUAUCUCAAGGCAGGACAAGACCGCCACUGCCAUGACCCCCAGGCUGUGCGCUAUCGUCGCCCUGACUACCGGAAACCUUGCUGCAGAACAUCGCGCACUUUGAUGCUUGCAUUGGACGUCGUCGCUGCCCCGGACCGAAGAGCGAACUCCCUGCCCCAUACUACCAUGAUCUUACCAGGUAGCUAGACAAGACGACUGCUGUAGAUCAAGAAUUAUUCCGCCGCCACCAAAGACAAUCUUCGAAACAUAAGAGGCAUGCCAGGUCAGAUUGCGAACGUGGUCAGCUAGCCUGACGCCCACCAGGUUAUGCAAUCACCUUGGUAGGAUGGACUGGCACAGUGUAAUCCGGAACUAUUGUAAGGGGACCAUAAUGACUUUCCUUCGCCACAUAUACCUGGCAUAUCAGGUAAAGAAGACGAGUGUGGUCAGUCAAUACUUGCUACUGUUCAGAAUGCUAUUCAACAGAGAAAGGCCGCCAUAUGGACAUGGUGCAAACGAUGCUCUCAAGACGAAUCCGAGGUCGAGUCAAUUCGAAGCCGUCAUAGGAAUAGAUGCCUUUAACCAAAUCUCCACUGGGCCCGCGACGCUUCUACCUUCCCCACAGAGCGACAACAGGUACAAUUUGCGCUGGUGCUGCUUCUCUUCACCAAUAGGCACCGGCCGGUCGAUACAAGGUAGAGGAGAUAAGCAGCUGCAAGUUUUGAUGUCAAUGACAGACCUUGAAGCGAAAAUCAGGCGCUUGAACACGCUGUGUUAUAAGGAUGCCCGCCUACUGAACGUGGGAGUCCAGAAAGCGGCGAGCGGGACGUUCUUGCUAUAG